UCGACUUGACUGUAAAAUUGUGUUGGACUCUUGUUGACAAGAUUUGUGAUUAAAGUAUUGUCAAAUCACGGAUCAAAAUGUCCGAUUCCAAUCCCUCUGAGGCAAAUGGGGGUCAUAGUGAAGAGGAUUCUCACGAAAGAUUAGGACCUAUAUUGGAAGGCACCCAGCUUUCCUACAUCGAGCAUGCAUGUGUGAAGAUUCCAGAAGAGCUUGGCAAAUGGUAUGGGUCUAAGGUGAAAAGGGUUGAUUUAAGCUUCAAUCAAAUCAGAACUCUUAAGGGUCUGGAGAGCUUCCAUCAGCUUGAGGAGUUAGUGAUGGACAACAAUGAUCUGGAUGACUCGCUUCACAUCCCCCUCAUGCCUCACCUGCAUACGCUGCAUAUGAACAAAAACAGAAUAUCAGAUAUUAACAGUCUCAUGGACAAGCUCCAGAUGUCUGUUCCAUCUCUCACAUUCCUUAGUCUCCUUGGUAACGAAGCUUGCCCGAACGAGCUCUCAAGCUCGGAGAAAGAUGAAGAAGAUUACCAAAGAUACAGAUAUUUUGUGAUCUACAGUAUACCUACACUCAAGUUUCUUGACCACAGACCAGUAUCGAUGAAAGAAAGAAAUGAAGCAAAGAGAAUAGGUUCACUCAUGAAGGUAGCCAGACCAGCUGAUGUGGACGAUGCUGAGGAUGCCUUAUCUGCUAAUACGACUCAUUAUUCUCCUCUUCCGUCACAAACAAGAAAUUUAGAUGGAGAUCACCAAGGUACAUACGGGCGCUGCAAAUAUGUCUAUUAUGGCCGCCACUCGGAAGGAAACAGAUUUAUCCGGAACAAUGACCUUUGACCUGGUGACCUUUGCACCCGGUGACACCCUUUGACCAAAACACAUCCAUAGGGAUCAAAAGAGCAUGAGGUUUUUCAACAUCUUAAUGAAAGUCUAAUAUAUUCUAUAAUCCCAUCUGCAAAUACCAAUGGUUAACUGCUGACAUGCCUCAGUUGCUGAUUGGCAUCAGAUAAUACACAUAAAUCGCAUACACUGUAGAGGUGAUGUGUUCUCUGUUGUUACUAGUUAAACUAGAAUGCAUUAUUCUUGUGAAUUAGAGGUGCGCAUUAUGCCAAUAAUAUCAAAUAUUGAGAUAAUUCUAUAGCUAUAUUCAGACUUUUCAAGUACUGUUACAUUGAAACCAGUUUGAGGAUUGGCUUUAGCAUCACUUAUUUUCAUACUUGCGAGUGUUGAAAUAUAAUUCAGACAUGCCUGUAUAAGCUGCAUCAAAAUUGCUUGUACCUUUAUAUCUUCAUCAAAGUGAACUACAACUUCCUUAUUAACUGAAUCACAGUUGUCUCAGUUUGUUUAGACCUUUGGUGAGGCAUUUAUCCUCAUGACCAAGUCCCUUGGAUAGGACCUUAAGCCACUGGUGCUCUAGUUGCUUACUAGUUACUAUUGAACAGGCAUGUAAUAUGCUUUUCUUAGCAGUUGGGCAAAAUAACCACCACUAAGGAAUAGACAAUAACUUAUGAAUCAUAGCUUUAUAUUUAAUAUCUCGUACAAAUAAUGUUAGUAUUUUUCGGAACAAUUAAAAAAACACAUUAAAAAUGUCUUCCUAUCUUUUUUAAUAGUUUGUAUACUGAUUGAUUGGUGCCAGCUUCAUUUUGAAAUUUUUGCUUUAAAAUUAUAAGGCAAGACUAAAUGCAAACCAUAAUGAUGAAGUAAAAUAUUAACAUCUCAAUUUUAGCUCCAAUGGCACUUUCUAUUUGUGGAACUUACUCUAUUUGUUUUUCUUACCAGUUUUACAAUGGUAUGGACAAAAUAUGUUCAUGUUAAUGUUAAUCAAAUCAAAUACUUAAGGCUUAUUGGACACCUGCUUUAUAUACAUAUGAUAUUAAGGUCUAUUGAUUUUGUUAUUGCAUUCAUGUAUAUACAUUGCAUGUGUCGUAAUAUUUAUUAUGAUAAUUAUCUGUAUAGAUUAUCUAUUUUUGUGCAAAUAUAUGUAUUUUAACGCAUCUAUAUGUAUAUCACGGAUAAAUUGAAAAAAAAGUAUAUUGAUUGAAUUUGUAUUUCUCUUUGAAAAUGUGUCAAAAUUAUGUUUUCUAUUAAUCACUAGAAAUUUUCAUGAUUUCAAAUGUAUUUAUCAUUCUGUCUAAAUGUAGUUUAAACUUGUUAGCCCAAAUUUACAGAGGAGGUUUCUAAUUUCUCCUAACCAAUUACCAUACAUGUAGUUGCAAACCUUCCAUUGGUUUCCUGCAUAGGACCAUGUCAAAGUUUUCUAGAGUGUGUACAUGGGUGCUUACUUUUGAUUAUAUUGAUUUGUUUUUAGACAUUUAAACAGGAAGACUAGUAGUGAGUGAGAUUGUGCCUUGGUUAUUUAACUACUUUGUCAGCUGGAAUAAUAUUGAGUACAUAUUAUGAUCUUGGAUUAGUAAAUUAUACUAUAUUCACACAAUUUUUUGAGCAAAUUUGCUCAAGAAAUGGCUGAAAAAUAUCCUUUUGAUGGCAUCAUCCAUUUGAGCACACACACAUUCAUAAACAAAAAAGGAAUUCUGUUUGCCAGCAUAAAAAAAACUGAUGCUCCUUGUCUGUUUUUAACACUGAUUUGAAGGCAUGGAGGCAUCUGAGCAUGUUUAAUUAAGUUUGACCAUUAAUGAUAAUAAUAGGCAUUUAUAGAAAGAUUAAUAAUUUUCUGCUGCUCUUU